GCUAAUAUAAAUCACGUGACGUAGAAAAGAGCCAUUUAGGGAUAGUUUUAUAAAAUAUCUUUGAGUAUUAUCGAGUAGUUGGCCCAAUUACGGAAUGGCUGUCGUUGGUUAUUAAUUUACUGAGAGCCAUUUUGGUUUUAUGUCAUUCGAUAGAUGAGGAAUAUAAGCAAUAAUGGAAGAUAAGACAGUUUUGAAGGAACUCGAUUCGUGGAUAGAACAACUCAACGAAUGUAAACAAUUGACUGAAAAUCAAGUUAAAACCCUAUGCGAUAAGGCAAAAGAAAUAUUAGCCAAGGAAUCAAAUGUUCAAGAGGUGAAAUGCCCUGUCACAGUCUGUGGUGAUGUCCAUGGACAGUUCCAUGAUCUCAUGGAACUAUUCCGAAUUGGUGGGCGCUCACCAGACACCAACUAUCUUUUUAUGGGAGAUUAUGUUGAUCGUGGAUACUACUCAGUAGAAACUGCAAGUCUUCUCGUAGCUUUAAAAGUAAGAUUUAGAGAGCGAAUAACAAUAUUACGAGGAAAUCACGAAAGUAGACAAAUAACACAAGUUUAUGGCUUCUAUGAUGAAUGCCUGAGGAAGUAUGGAAAUGCCAAUGUUUGGAAAUAUUUCACUGACCUUUUCGACUACCUGCCACUGACAGCUCUGGUUGAUGGACAGAUAUUCUGUCUCCACGGAGGUUUAUCACCUUCCAUAGAUACUUUAGAUCACAUCCGAGCUUUGGAUCGACUUCAAGAAGUUCCACAUGAGGGUCCAAUGUGUGAUCUGCUAUGGUCAGAUCCAGAUGAUCGUGGGGGUUGGGGCAUAUCACCUCGGGGAGCAGGAUACACCUUUGGGCAGGAUAUAUCUGAGACAUUCAACCACAGCAAUGGCUUGACCCUAAUAGCAAGAGCACAUCAACUAGUAAUGGAAGGCUACAACUGGUGCCAUGACAGAAAUGUGGUGACCAUAUUCAGUGCUCCAAAUUACUGCUACCGUUGUGGAAAUCAGGCAGCCAUCAUGGAAUUGGAUGAUGCCCUCAAAUAUUCAUUCCUUCAGUUCGACCCUGCACCAAGAAGAGGCGAACCGCACGUGACCAGACGUACACCGGACUACUUCCUGUAAGUAAGAGUUCGGCCAGCCAAGAGGACGAAGAAAUCUGCACUGAGUUAUAUCCGUAGUUGUAUAAAAACGAAAAUUUCUGUAAAAAAAAAAAGAAAAAAAUUCGAGCGCAUGCCGUUUCCGCUCUUGUGUUAUCAUUUGUACGUCGACGAUAUUGCUCAUUUUUCUCAUUUUUGGUUGUACUAUCAUAACGUUUUCAUCUUGAGCGUUCCGUUGGCCAUAAAUUAUAUAUCAUAAUAAUAAUUAAUAAUAAAAUUAGUACGGUGCAUCCCCGUGAGAGUUACCGAGACAUUUAUUACUCUACGUGUUUUGCUUAAUACGAGUGAAUUUUUGGUAAGGAACGGAUUCGUGUCUCGUCCCCGAGACGACCUGUAUUAAAAAUGUCUGUGUGAUAUGGAGUGUGCAAGAGAGAGCAAAUAAAUAUUCUGUACCCGUUCGUAUUAUUUGGCAUUUUAUAAAUUCUGUAGUCUCAA